CUAAUUUGAUAAGCCCUCUCCAAAAACCUAAGUGCUUCAAACCCGCUUUCUUCCCUCUGCGAUUUCAUCUACUACGACGACGUUUUCCCCUCAGCCACCAACAGCGGAGCCGCUGCCGCUGCUGCUUCGGGAUGCUGCACUGAUUACGCCUACCUGAGUAUUAUCCUAUUGAAAGAGGAGAAAUUUUUUUGUUAUGGGAUCUCCUGAACGUGUUAGGAGUUCUAAGAAACGGGAAAUUGAGGAGGAUAUAGAGGUGAACAUUGAUAUUGUGAGGGAUGAUGAUGAAUGGGUUGGUGAUGAGAAGAGGAGGCAACGGUUAAGCAAGUCUAGGCAACAGGGGAGUGGUGAUGAUGUUGAUGGCUUAAAUGGUAAUGGGAAAAGAAGAAGUACAUCGGAGAGACAUGAGAGUCGGAAGAGGGUGGGCAGUUCAAGCAGAGGUGAUAGUGAUCAGGAUGACUAUGGAAGCAGAAGAGAGUCACGGUCUAAGCAGUUGAAGAAGAAGCAAGAAGAGAGUACGCUGGAUGUGUUAAGCUCCUGGUACGAAGAUAAUGAUGCAGAAAAUAAGCUUGAUGGUGGGGACAAACCUGGGGGUGGAGGACACAGUAGAACUGAAGAAAGUGACAGAAAAAAAUCUUCUUCCAAGUACCCAGAACAGGACACUGAUAUGGAGAAGGUGCCAGAUAGAGAUAUGGUCAAAAAAGAUGUGGGGCGAGAGAAGCCACAUGGUGUUGCUGAGCAUGGCAGAAGCCAUCGCAGGAGAUGGGAUGAGCCUGAUGACACUGGUAGAGCAUAUGACUAUGGAGACAAGUCUGAUGCAAGAAGUGGCAAACCUUCUGAUGUUAAACUGGACAGUGCAAAUGAAAGAGAGAGAAGUGAUCCUUUGCAAAUUGAAUCAAACGAUAUCCAAAGCAAGGGAUCUGAACCAGUUAAUGAGAAAGGUAUAAGGUCCAAUGAUAGAGAGGAGAGACGAGUUGAUUCAGAAAGGAAAACUAGAGGAAGGUCUGAAUUUCCUGAAGAAGACAAUAGGGGAAGUUUGGCACGUGAUGAUGCAUCAAAUAAAGAAAGAUCUCAGGAGCAUGGACAACAAAGAAAUCCUACUAGAGAUGUUGCUGACAGCUAUGGGAGAUCUUCUAAUGCUGAGGAAGAUGCAGGUGCAUGGGGGAGAGACAAAAGUAGAAGAGAUGUAGAUAACAGCACAUCCAGAGUGCCUGAGAAGAGUGGAAGACGUCAAUUUGAGUCAGACAAUUCUGAGAUGGACUACGAAAGAAGCACUCCAGCUAGGAGGAAGGAAUCAGGAAAAGAUGGCACAUACGAUGAUAGAUCAAAAGGAAGAGAUGAUAGUUGGAGUGAGAGAAGUUGGGACCGGGAAAAUGCUAAAGAUGCUUGGAAAAGAAAGCAUGACAAGGAGGCAAGAGAUAAUGACCCAGCCUGUGAUGGCAUCAGGGACUGGGAGUUGCCCCGGCGUGGCCGUGACAGGAUUGAUGGUCGCUCUGGCGGCAGAAAAGAUGGAAGCAGAACUGAAGCUGUGAAAACCUCUUCAAAGUAUGGAAUAUCAAAUGAAAAUUAUGAUGUCAUUGAAAUCCAAACCAAGCCAUUUGAUUAUGGAAGAGAAGAUUCUAGAUCCAGAAAUAGUGACGUUAUUCAGGAAGGGGAGGAAUUUGCUUAUUCAAGGGAGGAGAGAUCACGAAGCUUACAAGGAUCUGCACAAUCUGGUGAAGAUACAAAAGACAGUGUCCUAGAUGCCGAUCUUGCAAUGCAGGACCAGAAUUCAUGGAGGGAUGACAAUGACUUUCAGGGAGAAAAAUCUAGAGGUCAGAAACCUAUUGCGUCCAACCGUGGUGCUGGUGCCCAAAGUUCCAGUGGUGGCUCUUUAGCUCUACCUGGGGGUCAGGAUCCUGGUUCGUAUGGUAGAUCUCCCUCUCAAGGUAACAGGGGAAACAGAAUGGGGAGACCAGGACGGGGUAGACCUUCUGGAAGAGACAACCAGCAAGGCGGUAUUCCAGUGCCAUUAUCUGGAUCGACUUUUGGUCCACUUGGACUACCACCUCCUGGGCAUAUGCAAUCUUUGCCCCCUAAUAUGUCUCCUGCUCCGGGUCCCAUUUCUCCUGGAGUCUUUAUUCCACCAUUUCAAGCUCCCAUGUUAUGGCCUGGAGCUCGAGGUGUUGAUAUGAAUAUGCUUGCUGUUCCACCUGGCCUCCCUCCUGUCCCUCCUAGUCCUCUAGGACCUAGAUUCUCCCCAAAUCUAGGAAAUGCUCCAAAUGCCGCUAUGAUGUUUAAUCCAUCAGGGCCUGGAAGGGGAAUGCUUCCUAGUAUGUCUGGUCCAAAUUUUAAUGCAUUGUCCCCAGCAGGUCGUGGCCAGCCACAAGACAAAGCAUCUGGAGGAUGGAAUCCACCUAGAAUAAAUGCUCCCCCUGGAAAAGCUCCGUCCAGAGGAGAGCAAAAUGAUUACUCUCAGAACUUUGUUGACACUGGUAUGCGGCCUCAGAAUUUCAUCAGAGAGUUAGAGCUCACUAGUGUUGUGGAGGACUAUCCAAAGCUUCGGGAGCUUAUACAAAAAAAGGAUGAAAUUGUUUCCAAAUCUGCUUCUGCUCCUAUGUACUACAAGUGUGACCUGCGGGAGCAGGUGCUUUCUUCAGAAUUUUUUGGUACCAAGUUUGAUGUAAUUCUCGUAGACCCACCAUGGGAAGAAUAUGUCCAUCGAGCUCCUGGUGUCACUGACCACACAGAUCACUGGACAUUUGAAGAAAUAAUGAACUUGAAGAUUGAGGCAAUUGCUGACACUCCAUCUUUUAUCUUCCUUUGGGUUGGUGAUGGUGUCGGGCUGGAGCAAGGACGACAAUGUCUGAAGAAGUGGGGAUUUCGUAGAUGUGAAGAUAUAUGCUGGGUGAAGACAAAUAAAACAAAUGCUACACCUGGACUACGCCAUGAUUCUCAUACUCUCUUUCAGCGCUCAAAGGAGCAUUGCUUGAUGGGCAUAAAGGGGACUGUUCGUCGCAGUACUGAUGGCCAUAUAAUCCAUGCCAACAUCGAUACUGAUGUGAUAAUAGCCGAGGAGCCACCUUAUGGUUCUACAGCAAAACCUGAGGAUAUGUACCGAAUAAUUGAGCAUUUUGCUCUCGGUCGAAGAAGGGUCGAGCUUUUUGGUGAGGACCAUAACAUUCGUUCCGGCUGGUUGACAGUCGGCACUGGAUUAUCCUCUUCAAACUUCAACUCUGAGGCAUAUGUGAGGAACUUUGGAGACAAGGACGGGAAAGUUUGGCUCGGAGGGGGCGGGAGAAACCCACCACCGGAUGCUCCCCAUCUCGUCCUGACGACACCUGAAAUAGAAUCCCUCCGGCCCAAGUCACCGAUGAAGAAUCAGCAGCAGCAGUCAGCUUCCAUCUCUCUAACUACAGCGAAUUCGAGCUCCAAGAGGCCAACUGUCACUUCGCCUCAGAACCACCAGGCGCCUAAUCUGAACCAGGAAGGGUCAAGCUCCAACCUCCCCUCUCCGGCCCCGUGGGCCUCCCCGUUGGAGGCGUUCAAGGGACGAGAAGGCGGUGGCCAUCUGCCCUCGGACGAGAGGAUGUUUGAUAUGUAUGGGUAUAAUGCACCAUUUGGGCCGCCUGCUGGAGACUUUAUUGAUUAUGAGUCUCAUAGAGGGAUGAAUAUGUUGUAGCUUGUGCCUUUUCAACAUUUUUUAUUCAUAUUUCAAUCUCAUAAACUGUUUUUGCUA